AUGGCUGUAACCAUUUUAAAUGUUCUGAUAAGCAUAUCCCUUCUGUACAACGCUGUUGCAACGUUCCCGAAAGCCAACCUUUAUCGGGACUUAAAGCGCCAAAGUGCCUUUGGGAAUUUUCAACUAGACCAACACCAGAAGUUAGUAGGAACUACGAUCGCCUCUUCCCUUGUUUCAGACAUAAUUGACUGCACGGUCAACUGUGUAAGUGAGACCCUGUGCAAAUCGUUUAACAUCGCGGCGAGUCCUGACUCUGAAAAUCUUUAUUUGUGCGAAUUGCUAGACAUCGACAAACAUAGAGUUUCUAUAGAUGAUCUUCAAGUGAACCUCGCUUUUAAUCAUUACAGCCCUUGGGUAAGUUGAAUGUUUUAGUUUUUCUUAUAUGCUAUAUUGUAAAGUUGAUUAACUCAAACCUGCAAAUGAACGUUUAAACAAUGAUGGCUUCUAGAAUGAAGAACUUGAAAGAGAUCUAUUACGAAUACUUUUUGUAAUUUAGGAUCUAAAUAUAUCAGCAAUUCUCUUUCACGUUGAUGAAAUUAGCCUACUGUUAUUCCUUUGUCCCUGUUUAUCGUAAAGAAACUUGCUCAAUUUCACAUUGUUUUAUUGGUUUGACUAAAUUCUCUACUCGCGGUUCCUUAAUUAAAUAGUAGUGAUGAUAAUUUUUUUAGAGACUUUACCAUGCAAAUUAACCCACUGAAAAUCGCAGCUUUACUCAAAUCCAGUGGCGCCACUAUCAAAAAAGCGACGCAGUAGAGCCCCGAAAAAAAGAAAAAAAAACACGCAGUACAUACAAGAAUGCAGUGGUGGAACGCUUCACCUUAAAAUUAAGCGGUCUCAACCUUUAUGAUCAAUGUUUUUUCCAUGUUUGGCCACAUACAACAAACCAUUUCUAAACUAGUGCUGUAGAAGAAAGGCCUAAUGUUCGGAAAGUUGAGAAAGAUGUUUAUCCAGUCAGUGACAUAGGUUUGAUUCCUAUUGGGAGAACUCGGAUUUUUCACCUCUUCCGACAGAGCCACCUUGUCAUUCAUGUCAGAUUCACCAGGAUUAAAACUCACCAUCGCUUUUCUAUCAUUGCUCGAAAAAUUGUAUUGUUUAUUUAACAACUGCACUCAGGUGAUAAAACCAAAAAUUACAUGUGCAAAAGUUAAUAGGGUGUAGUCGCUAACUUUGUUUUUACUUCGUUUACCCAUAGUAUCCGUGCCAGCCAGGAUUAGUUGGAUUUAACUGCGAUCGUCAAGGUAAAGCAUCGGAGAUCGGAGAAUUCUCCGUCUACUACGUAUAAUACUCCGGCUAAAUUUCAAUGAAGUUAUGGCCAUUUUUUUAUUCAGACGAAUCAGACGUGAAUACGAUAUGUAAAAAGAAAUUAUUCCCAGAAAUGCGUAAUUUUAGCGCCUAGCCACUUGCUUUACAUUCCUAAAUAGAUAACAAAUGCAUAAAAUACCUUAUCUAAAUGCUAGCAGUUUUAAGCCCAAUAAAACUAACAGGGGACGUGUAAAAUAUUAGACGGUUUUCUGAAGCGUGGAGAGUUGACUGUAUGCUCGACGCUUUUUUGUUUGCACGUGAAAAAUUAUUAAAACGAAUAAAUACUAAUAAAACAAAACUUGAAACAAAACAAAGUGCAUGAUGAACAAAUCUCAGUGGCAAAUUUACGACAAGAAAAGUUUAAUGAAUAAGAAUCAAGUACCUUUAUGAAUAAAAAGAACGAUUUCUUUUUGAACUGCUAUGGAAAUAUAAUUUGCGAUGUUUACCGUAUAUAAAUGACAAAUUAUCAAAUUACUAUGAAGCUAAUCAAAAUUUGAGAUUUUUCUAUUGUAACGACCACUUCUAAAACGGCAAAUUCUAAAUUGUAACUGCAGAGGAGACAAAGAAGAAAUAUUCAAAAUAGGUUUUUUACAAGAGUAGUCGGCAUUUAGCUGUCUUUCCGAAAGCCUAUAUUUAUUCAAUUAUUAUGCCGCGCAUGGAAAAACUGGGCACUUGAAGUACUUGUCGCAAUUAAUAAAGAGUAUAGCAUUCUGGGAGAUGAAAGUCAUGGUGACGUGUGUGGCAACAUUGACGUUGCCAAGGAAACCGAGGAUUGACAGCCAUGAUUCAAAAAUGUGCAUUUUGUUCCUUUAAAAAUGAAAUAGAUUUAAUAUUCAAAAUGGCGAAUCCUAGGUGACGGAUGAUUCUAGUUCCAUCAUUAAAAAUAAAUGACGUCAUCAUGACAUCCCUGCUAUUUGUAAAGAUCAGUAACGUCUUAGCGAACUUCUUGAUUUUGAUUAUUUUUCGCUGUAAGAGGAAAAAUUGAUGCAAUUUGGAUUCUGCCAGUAAAUUCAACAAUAUCACUAGCACUAUCACUAUCACUAUCACUAUCAGCAUUAUGGUGCUCUCCUCUUCAAAGUUACUUUACGCUCUUUCUUUCCAUUACUAACAACAUUGAUGAACGUCGAAAAACUGUCAGGAAAAACAGAUUUAAGAAGACAGCUACAACCUGUUUCAGUCGUUUUAUUUGUGAACAUCCCCUCCCCCUUCUUUUGGACUUUCUGGCCAAUGUUCUUCACUGUUUGAUUAUUAUCACUUUUGUCCAUUAAGGAAAAACAUGCAGUGAAAUAAAAUCGCACAGUCCACAAGCCACAAGUGGUUCUUACGUUAUUGAUCCUGAUAGUGAAGGAGGCUACCAGCCCUUCAGUGUCUUCUGUGACAUGACUGACAAGAAGGGAGUUGGCGUGACAGUCGUUGGUCAUGACAGUGAAGAUAGAAUUUUGGUGAAAGGAUAUGAAGCUGCAGGAAGCUAUGUGCGUAAUGUUGUUUACAUAGGAGCCAGUGUUCCUCAGUUAGCUGCCCUUGCAACUAACUCAACAAAUUGUGAGCAGUUUAUCAAGUACGAAUGUUUGCACUCCAGGCUUCUCAUUAAUGGAUACGGUUGGUGGGUAUCACGUGACAACAUUAAAAUAACGUACUGGGGUGGUGCAACGCCGGCUGAUUCGAACAAGUGCGCAUGUGGGGUGACGAAUUCAUGUGUGGUCAGCAGUGAAGGAUGCAACUGCGAUAAAAAUGAUGCAGUAUGGCGCGAGGACAGCGGCCUUCUUACUGAAAAGUCUCGCCUUCCUGUCAUACAGUUGAGGUUUGGAGAUACUGGCCAUUCUGGUGAAUACGGUUACCACACGCUAGGAAAGUUUAAAUGUUAUGGUAUGACGUAA